AUGACAAUCGCAACUUAUCCAUGGUGGAAAGAUUCCACUAUUUAUCAAAUUUGGCCAGCUUCAUAUAAAGAUUCAAAUGGAGAUGGUGUUGGUGAUAUCCCAGGUAUUAUCUCUACUUUAGAUCACAUCAAAAAUUUGGGUGCUUCAGUCAUUUGGUUAUCACCUCAUUAUGAUUCUCCACAAGAUGAUAUGGGUUAUGAUAUCGCAAAUUAUGAAGCCAUUUAUCACAAGUAUGGUACUAUGGAUGAUAUGAAUCAAUUGAUUGAUGAAGUUCAUAAGCGUGGCUUGAAAUUGAUUUUGGAUUUGGUUGUUAAUCACACUUCUUCAGAGCAUGCUUGGUUUAAAGAAUCAAGAUCUUCAAAAGAUAAUGCUAAAAGGGAUUGGUACAUCUGGAGAAAACCAAAAUAUGAUGAACAAGGUAAUAGACAUCCUCCAAAUAACUGGGUUUCAUAUUUUUCUGGUUCGGCUUGGGAAUAUGAUGAAGUCACUGAUGAAUAUUAUUUGUGUUUAUUUGCUAAAUCACAACCAGAUUUGAAUUGGGAAAAUGAGGUUACUAGAAAUGCCAUUUACAAAUCAGCUUUAGAAUUUUGGUUCAAAAAGGGUAUUGAUGGUUUCAGAAUCGAUGUUGCUUCCAUGUACUCCAAAAAUCAAAAAUUCGAAGAUGCUCCAAUUGUUUUCCCAGAUACAGAAUGGCAACCAUGUGGUGAAUAUCAUGUUAAUGGUCCAAGAGUCCAUGAAUUUCACAAGGAAAUGUUUUCAAAAGUUACCUCAAACUAUGAUGUUAUGACUGUUGGUGAAGUUGGUCAUUGUUCAAGAGAAGAUGCCUUGAAAUAUGUUUCUGCUAAAGAAAAAGAGUUGAAUAUGAUUUUCUUAUUUGAUGUUGUUGACGUUGGUUCAAAUAAAUCUGAUAGAUUCCGUUAUGAAGGUUUCAGCUUGAAAGAUUUCAAGGAUGCAGUUACAGUUCAAUGUGAUUUUAUCAAAGGUACAGAUGCAUGGUCUACUGUCUUUAUUGAAAACCAUGAUCAACCUCGUUCAGUUACUAGAUUUGGUAACACUUCCAACAAACAAUUAUUAAACAAAUCAGCUAAAUUAUUAACUUUAUUACAAACCAGUUUGACUGGUACAUUAUUUAUUUACCAAGGUCAAGAAAUUGGUAUGACUAAUGUUCCAAGAUCUUGGGAUAUUAGUGAAUAUAAAGAUAUCAACACAAUCAACUAUUGGGCUGAUUUCAAAAAGAAAUAUCCAAAUGAUGAUAAGAAAGCUGAUGAAUUAUUAGACCUAAUCAACUUGUUGGCUAGAGAUCAUGCAAGAUCACCAGUUCAAUGGGAUGAUUCUCCAAAUGGUGGCUUCACAACUGGUACUCCAUGGAGUCGUGUUAAUGAUAACUAUCCAGAAAUCAAUGUUAAAGCUCAAACUGGUGAUCCAAACUCUGUUUUAUCAUUCUGGCAAAAAUCAAUCAAAUUAAGACAAUUUUACAAGGAUGUAUUGAUUCAUGGUGAUUAUGAAGUUCUAGAUUAUGAAAAUGAAAAACUAUUCACAUACACCAAGACCUCACCUGAACAAAAAGCUUAUGUUGUUUUGAAUUUCGCCAAUGAAGAUGUUGAAUUCAAACCUUUGAUUGAAGGUGAUUUCCAAUUGGUCAACUCAAAUGUUGAUGAUAUCAAAGAAGAUGUUUUGACUCCUUAUGAAGGUAGAAUCUACUUGGUUAAAUAG